GCAGGUGCCCCCGACCCAGAAAGCAGGUUCCUCCGGGAUCAGCCCAGAAGCAGGGCAGCCAGGGGCCGGGCAGGCGUGGAUCUGGGCAGUGAAGGUGUGUGUGAGCCACAGACACUGUGUGACCUGUGGGAUGGCAGCGGGGCCAGGGCCAGAGGAUCCCCGAGGGCCUCUGGAAGGCUGGGUGCAGUGGCCCUGCAGGAAGCUUGGACAGGAGGACCAGACCCGGUCCUGGCCCCAACUCUACUCCAACCCCAGGCAGGCACUGAGCCCUGGCCCCGUCCCCUGUGGACCCUAUGGAGAGUGAGACCACGGGAUGGAUGUCUGCAGUGCCCUCUACGAUGCUGUCCCCCGACUCCGGCACCAUGGUGCUACCUCCUCUGGCAUCACAAUUCUGCCUCACCAGCACCACAGCCUCGCCUGCAGGACCAUGGCCCCAGAGAGUGGCCACUGCCUCACUGGCUGUGGCACUCAGGACGGAGACAGCAGGGCCCUGGUGUCCUCCCGGCUGCCUGGACCCAGAUCCGCCAGCUGCCCCUGCAACUCGCCACCAGGUCUGUGCCGCCAACGCAGGAGUGACACCGCGAGCGGGCGCUGCCCAGGCCUCGGAGGACAGAGGAGGUGGGCAGGGCGAAGAAGCCCCCAGAACCUCUCCUGAGGAGCUGAGGGCAGGGCCCCCCGGCCACUUCUCAGGCUCCAGACUGGCACUGACGAGAGGCUCCAGCAGGAACGGCUGGGAGAAACCUUGCCAGACCAGGUGGCACGAGGCCAGGGACGAGGCUCCUGGAGCCCCGGAGCUCCCGGCCACCCCUCAAGGCCUUGGCAUUGCCACCCACUUUACGGAUGGAAAGCUGAGGCUCAGUGCUGGCUCUCACAAUGGACACACAUGCACAGUCAGUGCCCAGCACCCAGACAACACCUGCAGGCUCAGGCUGGCCCCAACCCAGACAUGUGGCCCUCGGGGACCGCCGGCUGCACUCACCCAAGGCUGCUGGCAUCUGCCCGUCCCGCAUGUGCCCACCCAGCUCCUCUCCCAGGGAUUCCGCAGUGGAGAAGCGAGAAGGUCCCUGUGCUGGAGGCUUCUCUGCCUGGCUCCCCCUCCCAGCUCCGCGGUGCCCCUCCGCCCUCCCUUCUCUGUCCGCCCACUUACCUUUAAUUAGAAAUGCC